AUAAAUUCUAAAGUCGGCACCUAGAUCGAAAAGAUUGAAAUGAAUUACAAGAUAACAAAAACAUGGAAUGGGUCGGAUGUAGAUCAUCCGUAUGUACAGCUAACUCUACAUGCCGCUGAGAGUGGAGUUGAGGUGAGGGUUAAAGCCCCGUUUUUCAACGACCCUGGGAAUCCCGGAGGAGAAGACGGGAAACCAUUCCCAAAUUUAUGGGACUACGAAGUGGUUGAGGCGUUUUUCCUGAACGAUAAAAACCAGUAUCUAGAGGUUGAACUAUGUCCGCAUGGUCAGCACAUUGUAUUAUUAUUAAAGGGGUUCAGAGAUUGUUUUGCUGACUUGCUGCCAAUGAAAUAUACUUCAGCCAUUAAAGGCGAUACAUGGGAGGGAACAGCUUUAAUACCCAUGUCUUAUUUUCCCCCUAAAGUAUCCAAAUUUAACGCUUACGCUAUACACGGAUCAGGGUCCACGAGGACGUACGAAGCAUUGUACCCCGCUUCUAAAGACAAACAUACCGACCCAGACUUUCACAGACUUGAAUAUUUCCAGCAGAUUGAUUUCCAGACACUUCUUCCACAGAACUGGGCGAGUGACUACUUUUCUAAAGAGUGGGAACAAGUCUUAAAAUGAACAAUUAAACUAAUAAAUAUUUUAAUACUUCA